AUGUCGCGCACACUAUCACAUGUAGAGGGUAUAAAAUGGAACAUUGCCGCUUCUCAAAUAUUUCCUACCUCAACUUGCAUUAUCUACCCUGAGGAAAACUUCAAGGGCAAAAGCUUGGGAAUCCGAUCGUCCAAUUGCAUUAGGCUCAGAAAACCCUUGACUAAUAAUAUCCACUCCAUAAAAGUCACCCUCUUUCAGGAGUACACGCUUUACUACGAGCCUGGAUGCCAGGGGGCGAAGAAGUUGGCUCUAUACAAUGAUGUGGAGGACCUGGAAGAUCCAUUAGUCAAGGCGGCAGCCAAAUACUCGCCAAGCAAGUCAACGGUCAAGAAACGCAAAGAGGGUCAAGCAAGUUCUACAGGAGGGACAUGGAGUCAGGAGAAACAGGAACGUCCUCAAGUUCAAAACCAAUCUCAACACAACAAUCGCCUCACGGCCCAGAACUUACUGGGUAAAGACAAAAAGAACGAACCGUACAAUGCAUACCCCAACGACGUCGUGGCUGAUAGGGAAGCUGGCCGGAAUGAUACUGGGGGUUGGACGGACAGCUCAAGCCCAUCUUAUUUUCCACGUUCUCGAUCCUUGUCCCCAUCGCAGUCGUCAGAUUCUUCAGUUUCCCCCUCUGAUCCAACUGCAAUUCCCACAACCUCCUUGUCCGCUGGGUCAGACAAACAUGCCUCGAGUAGGGAUCUCAGCGCUAAAAGGGCGAUUGUAACUAGAAAUGAUGCCGCAAAUAGACCUCUGACUUCGGACAUACCUACUGGAGGAGAGAGGGAGCACCAAGUUGAAGUUACUUCAAAGUUCCAGCAAGUGUUGCAAGAGAAGGUCGAGGAAUGCGAAAAGAGAUUACAGGACAAGAUUGAAGCAUGCGAGAAGGAAUUUCACGAGAAGUUCCAAGUAUCGAAGACAGAGCUACAGGAAAAGGUCAAAGAACACGAGGUGGAGUUAGAGCGAAAGGAAGAUACAUACAAGGAAGAGCUACGGCAGAUGAAGGAAGAGUGUAAGACUGCUUGGGAGUUUCAUCUGGAUGCGUUGUACCGAAACAGCGACAUGGAUCAAAGAUUAGAGGAUGCUGGAAAAAUGGUCCGCGAAAGGGAUGCAAAGAUCCGUGAGCUUGGGGCGGAAUCGGCAUCAAAGUCGAAAUUGGUUGAGUCUCUUGAAGCUCAGAAGAAGGAAAGCGACCUCUCAUUGAGCAAGAUGCAAGACCAAUUUACAGAGAUUAAGUCUCUUCAAUCUCAGCUGGAGGAGAAAGACCACAUAGUAGACGGGCUGAACUCCCAGUUAAAGAUCGAGUCGACAGAGAAUGAGUCUCUUCAAUCUCAACUGGAAGAGAAAGACCGCAAAAUGGACAGCCUGAAAACCUAA